GGAAUAUGGAAGUUGUAUGGAGAAGAAGGUGGUAUCUUCAGCUGGGCUGUAUGUUGAUGCUGAAUCUAGUUUUUGCCAAUAUGGACUCUCAAAAGGAGACCCCCUCCAGCCUGGGCCAGAUUGACCACCAGUGCUGGGAAGUGUCAUCCCACGAGCUGGUGGAAAUGAAGAAACUCAAGGUAGCAGAUUCGGUCAUUGCUCUCUGGGACUUCAUGAUGUUCUUAAAGGAAUCGCCCAAGCCCAAGCACAACGAACUCUUCGAUGAUUUAGCCCAGAACUUCUGGGAUAUGUACGUAGACUGUGUGCUCUCAAGGUCGCAUGGAAUGGGCCGAAGACAAUUAAUAUCUCCCAAGUAUUUUGCAAACUACUCCUAGAGACCUUUAG